AUUCACACUCUGCGGAGCUACCAAAGCACUAAUCUAACAAACGCAACUGAAUUCGGUUUUAUAAACCGCAACACACUUUCUCUCUGUUUCAUACAUAUUCUCUGGCUUCUUCCAUUUUCGCUUCUCGUUGUCUUUUCGGAACAGUCAUGGCUUCUCUUGCCGGAUCCAAUUGCGUAGCCUUUCGAACUGCAAACUUCAGCGCCUCCGGUAACCGGAAAAUCGGUCAGAUCCGUCAAUGGUCUCCGGUUCUGACUAAUCUCCGUCCGGUUUCUGGUCUUCGCUACCGAUCGAAUACUUCGUUGAGUUCCUCCGGUGUGAGAGCACAGGUUGCUACUCUGGAGGAAGCGGGAACCGGAGCAAAUCAAAAAGUGGAAGCGCCGGUUGUAGUAGUAACCGGAGCCUCCAGAGGCAUUGGCCGAGCGAUUGCGCUUUCGCUUGGUAAAGCAGGUUGCAAGGUUCUGGUCAACUAUGCUAGGUCAUCCAAGGAAGCCGAGGAAGUUUCCAAGGAGAUUGAGGCACAUGGUGGGCAUGCUCUUACAUUUGGGGGAGAUGUUUCUAAUGAGGCUGACGUGGAGUCUAUGAUUAAAACUGCAGUUGAUGCUUGGGGAACAGUUGAUGUAUUAAUAAACAACGCAGGGAUAACUAGAGAUGGUUUAUUAAUGAGAAUGAAGAAAUCUCAAUGGCAGGAGGUUAUUGAUCUGAAUCUCACUGGUGUUUUUCUUUGCACACAGGCUGCUGCUAAGAUCAUGAUGAAGAAGAAGAAGGGAAGGAUAAUCAAUAUUGCGUCAGUUGUUGGUUUGGUUGGCAAUGUUGGACAAGCCAAUUAUAGUGCUGCCAAAGCCGGAGUAAUUGGCCUGACAAAAACUGUUGCAAAGGAAUAUGCUAGCAGAAGCAUCACUGUUAAUGCAGUUGCUCCAGGGUUUAUUGCAUCUGACAUGACUGCCAAGCUAGGAGAAGACAUUGAGAAAAAGAUUUUGGAGACAAUUCCACUAGGAAGAUAUGGCCAACCAGAGGAAGUUGCUGGACUGGUGGAAUUCUUGGCUCUUAGUCAAGCUGCCAGUUACAUCACUGGGCAGGUAUUCACCAUAGAUGGAGGUAUGGUGAUGUAAUUCAGCAAUCUCUUUACGUUGCAACCUGAGCUUUUGGAAUUUUCAACUCCUGCUGUACGGUGAUAGUUUGUUCUUUGCUGAGUUUUGCUUAAAGCUGGUUUUACCUUGUGACUUUUAGUAAAAUCUUAGUUCGACCUUGUUGAUGAAAUCCAAGGUGUUAACAAGGAAGCUUCUUCUUGGGCUGUGUUCUGCAUCUUGUAGUAUUUUGGUAUUUGCUUAUGAUCAUCUUAGCAGAACAGGCGUAAUUAUUAUAAUUUGAGCAAUGCAGUCGCUUUCAGCAUUAGCUUUUUCUUCGUUGGAUGUUCUUUGCGAGGAACUGGCUCUUUUACGCAUUGUGUUUUCUCUGGUUACACGCAAUAAAUUCUUAGAAGUGAAAGGAAGAUGCUUUUGAGAGGC